ACAAACUGCCUGCGACUGCAUCUUGAACUGCAACGACUUUUUGUUCCGCGUCUGGAGCGCGUUCACUUCACAUUCAUUGCUCUGGCUGAUACUCAGCACACAAACUCCUCCACAGAAUACUUCUUAUGCCAAUCUCAUAUCACUGAAGACACUUUGUACCCUCACAAGCAGCUGUUGCCUUAUUGACACGUUCGGGUCCAGCCUCGUUUCCCCUCGGCGAUGCUAUCGUCCUAGACCGCGACAUUUCUACACAGCAAAACACAUACUCGCUGGUCAACUCCCAAUAUGGCCUUCAAUUUCGGCGCACCCGCUAGCAGCGGGGGAAGCAGUCAGUCAAUAUUUGGCACAACCAACAAGCCUGCAACAGGAGGUGGCCUAUUUGGAAAUGCUGGAACAUCAGCGACAUCAGGCACAACAGGCACAACCGCAUCGGGCUCAAAUACACCCACCUUCAGCUUUGGAAGUUCCAACCAGACCACUUCGAAUCCUCCCUCGAAGCCUUUGUUCGGAGCAGCAGGAUCAUCGCAGCAAAGUUCCACACCUUCCACGCUCUUCGGACAGACCAACACUGCAGGUGCCAGUGGUACAGGAUCUUCUGGGAGUCUGUUUGGUGCGAAAAAGCCAGACAAUCAGACCGGCGAUGCUUCAAAACCUGCGUUCGCAGGGUUCACUACACCAGACAAAGCAGGGGCUCCAUCGACCUCAGCAUCAGGAGCAUCUCUGUUUGGAUCCACCACGCCUGCGACCACGGGCACGAGCAAUCUCUUCAGUUUCGGCAAUGCUUCAACGACUCCUGCUGGCCCUCCCCCAUCUGGCUCGACCCUUGGCGCGAGUACCGGCGGGACAAAUGCUACGGGUGGUGGAGGUCUAUUCGGUGCUGCGAAGCCUGCAGAAGAGACACAGAAAUCCGCAACGUUCAGCUUUGGCAAACCUGCGACGAGCGCUGCACCGUCAUCAGCAACAUCAACGUCCGCAGGAGGUCUCUUUGGUGGUGGUGGUGCCAAACCAAGUUUUGGUUUUGGGGCAGCCUCAAAGCCAGCGGAGUCCACCGCGGCCACUACUCCAGCUCUGAACGCUUCCAGUUCGGAACAGAAGCCCUUGUUCUCAUUUGCCGGCCCUGGGUCAGCUUCUUCGGCCGGACCGUCUGCAUCUACUCCUGCAACUUCACAGCCACCUUCGUCCACAGCCCCGUCCUUGUUUGGUGAUUCAUCCAAACAGACUUCAAGCGCUUCCAGUCUCUUCUCGAAACCCGCUGCGACCUCCGAAGCAUCAGCACCUAAUAAACCCACGUUCUCAUUUGGUGCACCCUCAACGCAGGCAUCCAGUGCAGCACCUCAAACAACCUCAGCACCCGCUUCAAAGCCCUUGUUUGGUGGCGGUUUCAACGUGGGCGCGUCCACGACUUCUUCCGCCCCUGCAGCGACAGGAACAGCUGCUGCUCCCGCAACCUCAGAUGCUCCUAAGAGUCCUUUCUCGUUCGCUCCCGCUGCAACCUCAUCAGGCUCUCAGCCCGCUUCAACAUCAGCCCCCACUGGCAGUGCCUUCUCUUUCCCGACAACAUCGGCAACCUCGACAUCUCAGCCUACCACGACCACUGGCACGAACACAGCUACCACUGGCAAUGCGACUGCUUCAGGUGGCGCGCCAGGGACCUCAGGAGCACAGACUUCUACGAUGGGACCAGCUCCUCCUGCGCAAUCGCGCCUUCGCAAUAAGACCAUGGAUGAAAUUCUUACGCGAUGGGCGACUGACAUGUCCCGGUAUUCCAAAGAGUUCAAGGAGCAUGCGGAAACAAUUGCACAUUGGGACCAGAUUAUCGUGGAUAACUCUUCGAAGAUUGAUAAGCUCUACGUCAAGACUCGUACAUGUGAGAGGCAGACGAUGAGCGUGGAUAUGCAGCUUACAGCAGUUGAAAACCAGCAAUCUGAGUUGGAGAGCUGGCUGACAAAGUAUGAGAAUGACGUGGAAGAGAUGCUGGCAAAGGAUACCACCAGCCCCAGCGAACUGGGUGGACCUGAUCUCGAAAGAGAAAGAACCUACAAGCUUGCCGAGAAACUGGGGGAGAGACUCGAAGAAAUGCAACGCGAUUUGGAGAGCAUGGUUGAAGAGGUUAAUGCCGCAAAUGCAAGCUUGAACAAGAGUGGCAAGGCGGAUGAGCCGAUCACCCAGAUUGUCAAAAUCCUGAAUUCGCACUUGGUUCAGCUCCAGGCCAUCGAUCAAGGCACCGUUGCCCUUCAAGAGCGUGUGGCUGCCGCACAAAAGGCGGCCAGCAGUGUCGGUUACCUGACCAAUUCCGUGAACGGAAAUGGCAGUGCAGCGGCUCAAGACUUCUAUCGGAGCUACAUGGGGCGACGGUAAUUUAUGGCUUGUGCCGAAUACUCGCAAAGGGCAUUGAACUCAGGUGGGCCUGGCGUUGGCUUUAGCAUGGUUUGCUAGGUACUGUGAGAGCCGAGAGAUCUCUCAAAGGAUGUACGAGUGCUCAAGAAUGAACUUCGAGGCGGAGUGUGUGUUCACGACCGAAUUUAGAAAAACAGGCACGAUAACUCCCAGUGAGCGGAGAAUGCAAUUCGAUUGUGUCAAGGACAAACACUCUCCACGGAGCUAAAGUAGGCAUGCCGUGGAGAGAUAGUCUCCCAUUCCAUAUUGGCGGGUGGUUUUGAAGACCCAGCCAAAUUGUAACUCCAAGUUGUUUUAACUGCCUG